AAAUUCGCAAGCGCCACCUGUAAAAAUAGUUUACUAUUGCUUAAGUAGACGAGUGGAUCAGAAAAUGUUAUGUUGUUGUCAUAAUAGGUGAUCGAUUAUCAAUCAGAGUUAGUUAUCCUGAUUUUUUCGUGCGUUAUUUGAUCAUAAUGCCUAAAAAAUUUGUGGGUGUGAAUAGCAAGGCUGUUGCAGCCAGAGAAAGAAAAGCUGCUGCUAAGGAAGCUGAGAAUACAAAAAAAGCUUUGGAAGCUGAAGAGAAAGCUUGGCAAGAUGAUGAUAAGCAAUUAUUAAAGAAGAAACAGAAACAAGAAGAGCUCGAAAAGAAGAGGCAGCAACAAUUAGAAAAGAAGGCAGAAGUUAAAGCUUUAUUAGAACAAGAAAUGGCGACUAUUAAAGUAGGAGGCAAACAACCUAUUGCUAAGAUUACAAAGUGUGAAAUAUUAGAAGCUACUGAGAGACGCAAUCAAGCCGCUAAGAUUGAGAAAAAGAAAGAGAAAGAGAAACCGAUAGAAGAAAAUUUGAAUAGGAUUGUUAUCGAAGGUGAAAGUGCGCAUGGUAUAGAUGAAGCUUUAUCUAUUUUAAGCGUCAAAGAUCCGGAAGUUGAUCGCCAUCCGGAAAAACGUUUGAAAGCUGCUUAUGCAAGCUUCGAAGAGAAAAUGAUGCCCAUUAUUAAAGAACAAAAUCCAACUUUGAGGCUAAGUCAAUUGAAACAGAUUUUGAAAAAGGAGUGGAUGAAGUCUCCGGAAAAUCCGCUCAAUCAAAAGCUUUUUAAUCAUUGAUAUUAGCGCAUCUCUAUCAAUAGUCUACACAUUUUCACAUGACUGAAUACAACAUUAUUAUCUUAAAUGUUUUACGG